UUUCUUUCCUUUUCCAUUCGUUAAACGUCUUAUUCUCUUCACUAUCUUCUUCUCUACAAUUCUCUGCUUCUGCUUCCUUCCAAUUCUCUGCAAAGAUCCCAUCAUGGCUGUGGAGUACAUUGGAGGAUCAAUUCUCUCCGCUGUCAUUGAGGUUCUGAGCGAGAAGGUGACCGCUCCUGAGAUUCUGAGCUUCUUCAAAAGCCACAAGCUCAAUGAUGGUCUUCUGGGAAAGUUGAAAGAAACACUGAAUACUCUCAACGGACUUCUCGACGACGCGGAGGAGAAGCAGAUUACCAAGCCUGCUGUGCAGAGGUGGCUUAAUGAUGCUAGACAUGCUGUGUAUGAAGCUGAGGACUUAAUGGAGGUGAUUGAAUAUGAACAUCUACGAUCCAAGGAUAUUAAAGCUGCCUCUCGACGUGUGAAGAAUCUGGUAAGGAAUUUGUUUCCAAUUCUUAAUCCAGCCAAUAAAAGGAUGAAAGAGAUUGAAGCAGAGUUACAAAAGAUCUAUUAGAAGCUUGAACGUUUAGU